GCCAACAAUGUGGAAGACGCGGGGCAGGCGAAUAUUAUCCCACGAAAUCGACACCAAGAAACGUGAUUCGAUUGUAUGACUUCAUUGUUGACUGCCUUCGAACUCCGCAGUCUUUCUACGAUUUUUGUGGCACACAACCUGCACGACAGACUUUGAAAGUUCUCGACUACAGCAGAUCACUGUCAAUACAGCAUGGAGGGCAAGACGGAGGAGACAAAUCCACUCCUCCGACGUCCUCUUUAUGUCUACGAUCUACCUCCUGAACUACUCUUUACUCUUUCCCUCGCUGGCGUCGAUCAGACAAAGACAGAAGAUGGCGAAGAUCAAAACGUAACAACAGAGCGACAAAAUGUGAACGAGGAUGGUAUCGCGACUUCGGCGUCAUGUUCUUUGUGUAAAGUGUCAUUCAACAACGUCCAAGACCAGAGACAGCACGUCAAGUCCGAUUUCCACCGGUACAACCUGAAAUUGAGCAUAAAAGAACAACCUCCGAUAGACGAAGCCACUUUCAUACGAAUGAUAGGCGACCUCGACGAAUCACUAUCUGGUUCAGACUCCGACGAGUCGGACGAGGAGGAAGCUGAAGGCAAACCAGGAGACACAACCCUAAGUGCGCUUCUGAGGAGGCAGGCGAAGAUAUCCGGGCAGGACCAUGGAAAUCCAACCAGCACGAAACCGAAAGGCUUCGGAAAUGCGCCACUCCUGUGGAUGACGAGUCCAAUGGUUGGAGAUGAUGCCGGGUUGGGUGUCUACAGAGCGAUUCUGUCGAAUGAAGAGCAAGAAGUUGCGCCGACGUCGUUAGUAGACAUCAUCAAACGAAAGCAGCUGAAACCCACUAUGGCGAAACAAAGUGGGAAAGCGCAAGGAAAUUCUACACAGUCUGGGGUCAACGAGCCACAUUUCUUCCUAUGCAUGAUUGGUGGCGGACACUUCGCGGCGAUGAUCGUCUCGCUUAUACCAGAACUGAGAAAGGGUCCUGGGGGCGUGGAAGAACGUCAUGCCGUGGUAAAAGCACACAAGACGUUCCAUCGGUACACCACGAGACGGAAACAGGGUGGUUCUCAAUCUGCAAAUGACAAUGCAAAAGGCAAUGCACAUUCAGCGGGAUCCUCAAUACGACGGUACAACGAAGCAGCUCUAGAAGUUGAUAUCAGAAAUGUUCUCUCGGAAUGGAAAAACAUGAUUGACACUUCUGAACUGCUUUUCAUUCGGGCGACAGGAUCUACGAACCGAAGAACGUUGUUUGGACCAUAUGACGGUCAAGUCCUACGCAGCAACGACAAGAGGAUUCGAGGCUUUCCCUUCAGCACCCGUCGUGCGACACAAGCCGAACUGCUCCGGUCAUUCCAGGAACUCACGAGAGUGAAGGUUGGCAAGUUGACCAAACCAGUGGAAGAGAAGACCCCAGCAGAGAAGGCUGCACCCAAAGAGCAAAAGCCAAAACCGGCAGCACCGAAGCUCAGUAAAGAGGACGAGGCGGCGCAACUACACACAUCACAAUUACAAGCACUGAUACGACGGUCCAAGGCUCCAGGUGUCCUCUUGUACUUGUCCAAGAAUGAGCUCUCGCCAGAUUUCUCCUUCUACCCUGCAGCGGAGCAUCAUCACGCUCCGACUCCGCUCCAUCUAUCCGCGUCAACCAACUCUCCUGCACUCGUUCUGGCACUUCUCACGAAAGCCAAGGCAGACCCAACGAUCACGAACGGCGAUGGAAAGACUGCCUACGAGAUCGCAGGCGAUACGAAGACCAGGGACACUUUCCGCGUCGCGAGACAACAAAUAGGUGAAAAUACCUUUGAAUGGACAAAAACACAUAUUCCUUCGCCACUAAGUCAGGACGAAGCCGAUGCGAAGGCCAAGCAAGAAAAAGCAGCCCAUGAUGCAGCCGAGGCUCAGCGCAGGAAAGCUGAUCUCGAGCAUAUCCGGCAGGAAGAAGAGAAGAAGAACGUCGGACGGAUCGAACGAAAAGCCGGUACGGGCAAGACGCUCGCUGCCGCAAUUGAGAAGACGGGGUCAGAAAAGCGCGAAGAAGAAAUGAGAGGAUUAACGCCAGAGAUGAGAAUGCGUCUGGAACGAGAACGAAGAGCACGAGCUGCCGAGGAGAGAAUGAAGCGUAUGCAAGGUGCAAAGUAGCUUUGAAUACAACUAU